GUCCAUGAUCUACUAGCUAUUUACGAUUUUAAUUGUGUAUCUGUAGGUUUACAUACAUUGAAAAAAUAUCACUAUUACUUGCUUGUCACGAAUUGGCGCAAGCCCUAGAGAGCUGCUUCGUUUUGCUUUCUUAAUUUGAAAACUGCCCAUCCUUAUCUUUAACAGUCUAUAGAUGAGGACCCACACAACGAAAGGCAACUUUCUCUGAAGUGUGAAAGCAAGAGAAAGAAAAAUGGACAUUAUUUUCUCUCGGUGAAAGAUUUUUCAGAGUUGCUCGAUCAAAAGAAUGAAAUAAAAGAAACUGACUCGUGUCAAUACGGCGAUUUACGUGGAAAAAUGCUUGUUUACUUGUUUAUAUGGUGCAAGGAGAGUUUUUGCGUUAUAUGCUAUCUUCAAAUAGCCCGCAGCGGAAGUUAAUGCACUGAAUUGACUAUAAGACAGAUGGUCAGUGUUGUGCUUCCAAACCUCUACUGCUUACACCCUGAAUAAAUAAAUGGAGCUUUGGUGGAUUAUUUUGGCCGGCUGUGGAGGAGGCCUACUUCUCGUCGCUUAUGUGGCAGUUGUCAUGUACAAAAUAUUUCGACGCAAGAAAAGGGUCCAGAUGAACCAGGCGGGAGACCCGAAACGCCUCCCUGAUGAUAAGGAUUGGGCAACUCACGCCGAUACAAGCGCGGUUUCUGAGAGAACCGAAGACGGACUUUGUAUUGACACCAAAAGAGGUUCUACCAAAAUUCGUCGCAAAGCUUCCACGGUACUCAUACCAAACGCUUUUGUCAGCGAGAUUCCAGGGACUUCAGACGCAGUUCUACAAUCCGUGCAAAGCGUUACGUCUCCGAAAAUUAACCCUGCAAAUACACAAAAUGGACCUCACAAGACUGCCAUCGACGGAAAAGCAUCAACUGGACAAAAAUCACCUUUAAAUGAAGAAAGUAAGACUACAAAUUCCGCAAGCAACAGCCCUGAUCUGGUCCAAAGAUCUGAAUACACAUGGGAAACAUUGGUACGCCAACCAAGGGAUGUGAAAGAAAACCAAAGCCAGUCAUUUAACUGGGAAGUUGAUAAGCGAAGAGAUCAAAAGAUAACCACUCGCUCCUUGAAACUAAAAAGUGAUGAAGAAGGGAGGCGAUUUGUGAGAAGCAAAUCUUUCAAGGGGUACACUCAGCGCGAGCUGGCCAUGCUGUCUGCAGAGGAGAUGCCUCCAUUAACCAAAGUAGUUGUUUCUGUAAAACGCGGUGGUGAAAACAAGAAAAGGACGAGUCCCCGUGAAUCUGAAAAGGAUCAAAGUUCAGACGCUGAUACAAAAAAGAAAAUAUCUGUCAAAUCUACGACUGCCGAGAAAAGCACAAAAAUCAACAGAUCAGGGUCCGCCCCAUCCAUAACAGCUAAGGAAAAAGUGGUUAAAAAUGCAGAAGAGAUUAUCAAACCUCGAACGAAAUCGUAUACAUGGAUUCCAGAGCCAGACUACCAAUCUGUUUCCAUCGAAGAGGUCGUUUCAGCCACUAAAGAACAAAACAAAGUCAACCGCGAAGAUCAGGUGUGCAUAGUGGAAAUUCACAACAAACCGAAUGACCCAGACUCACAAGUUAGUUCGUCUGCCGGAAACGAAACCAAAAUGAUCCAUGCAACACGAGGUGUGUCUAACGAAGAGCAAUCACGUGAAGAACAAAACGACCUUUGCACUAUAAUUGAUAUCGUUGAUAUUGGGGUUACCUCAUCGGGCCCAGGUGUUGCCAAAAGAGUAACUACAGUUAUAGAUGGUGACAGCCCAAACACGAAGGUAAAGGAGGAGACCGAAAUUCCAAUGGAAAGUAGCAUCAAAAGAGAAUUAUCUGUCAGAAACAGAGUUCAAAACUUGGAGGAUACGAUUACCCCUGAACUUCCAGUUACCCAGCAUGACAAAACUUCAACAACUGAAGGAAAGAAUGCAAAUGAAACGAGUCUACCUUCUGGAACUGAUAAUAACAGUAGUGUCCAGAUAUUGCCCAGUUCAUAUCAAAAGCCAAGUGCGACCAAAGUGAUAACAGUCGAGGCAACUGUCCACAAUGUCCCCAAUGGCCAUCCUCCCCUCACAACCAAACCAUCAGAAGUCCGAUCGAUUGGCAAAUUGACCUUCAUCAAAAAUGUCGACAUGCCUUACAACCAGAGAAUCCAGGAUUCGCGAACGAGUAUCGAGACAGCCUCCUCAAUUCUUACAAGGCAAUCGUCUAAUGGGAUAUUGAUGGGAAACGGAAGAACUCCACUAGGAAAAACUGAAGAACUUCAUCAAAAGAAAACUUCGCCGAUGCCUCCGCCUGUACCUUAUUCGAUACAACCCCGAGCUUCUAGCCAAACCCAGGACACUACCAAAAUAACUAUUUUAUCGAAAGACAAUUUGGAAAAAAGUAACGCAGUCCCUCAGCUGACUUCAGCGGAGGUACUGCAAAGAGCGUUGCAAAAAUCUGUGAAAGGCAAUGCAGGGAACUUACCACCAUCGACAACGACACCAACACCAACUAUAACAUCAACGACAGCAAAGGAGGCAGACACCGAGCUUACUUUGGAAGAAAAGAAGAAAAUCUGGAAGCGAGAACAAAUAGUGGAUCAGGUGCACAACGCUCGGACAAGAAAUGAAAACCAAAACUUCGUAUUUGGCACAGGUCUGGCUUACCAGUCUUGCAUGCCUGAACUGCAGAACAGACUUAAGCAAUUAACACUUGCAAAAUGACUCACACGAUAGAACGAUACCAGAAUGCUGACCACUCAAGAAAGCUUGUGAGUUCUUCUGGUAGAAAAAAAGAGAGCUUCCUCGCCAAUAGGUAAUUGUAAGCUCGCCGAGGUUUUGCAAUUGUUGUCAGAAUCUCAGCCGGACUUCUACAGGCUGUUAGUGGCCGAAGAUUCUCAAUGUAAUACUGUAUAUCAAAUGUAACUGAGCAAUUAACAUACUUUCGACAAGUAUAUAGAAGCUUGUCUUACCUGAAGCUCUUUUCUCCAACACUCUCGACAAUACACCUGUGCAUCGGUAAACAUGAAGUCAUUCAAAACAAUAACUUUUUUGUUUGUUACGUUAUAAUUCUUAAAUCGUGCAACAUUGCAGGUUCAUUGCCUUUGUGAGUAUAUUUCCCAAACAAUAGGAGAGCGAAUUUCUAUUUCAACUCUUAGACUUUUUAGACGUGACUUUUCAACAUAUUACUUAGACUUGACAGUAACUAGAAUGGGCAAUGUUGAUAGAAUCUCGCUUCGACAGUGUAGAAAAAGUAACUAGCGUUUGCAUGGAAAGUGGUGAAGCAGACUGGUGAAUUUUCCAAAUGAAUCUGGUGCCGGAUGAUUCCCUACGGCCAGCGUUUUGAAAUCAUUUAGAUUUUCAGCGCCAUUCGUUACGAAGAUCUCGCUGUGCCAUAUUUCAGUGUGCCAUGCACGUGUGAUGUGAUUGUUUUUAUUGUUAGCUUAGUAGGAAAGCUCUCAUGUUCAGUCAUAAUCUGUCAGAUAUAUCUGAGUGUUCGCUCACAAGAGCUUUUACUGCAUAAAAUGAAGUGAGAUUAUUAAGACAAAUCCCUGAGGCUAACCGAGAGGAUGCUUAUAGCUUUUCAAGUAUCAUCGAGUUGGCAAAGUUUUGGUUAUAAUUUGAAUAUAUCAACAAAUUUGAAAUGGUAAAUUGGCCUGUAUGCAGCCGCCCCCGUUUCUUUUGCAGGGUGGAGGGGAGAGAGGACUGUAAACAGGCUAAUUUUUUAUUAGCAAGGCCGAUUGUCAGGUUACCAACUCGCCUGGAGAUCCCAAAAAGGGCUUUUUGCUUCGCGGGACGUUCGGGUUCAUCCUUGUUCCCAAGGCUUUUUCCCUUAAUCGAGGGUGGGCCUUUUCCCGCUCCACCCCCUAGAAAGGGAAAAAGUCAUGGGAACGAGAUUGGUUCGGGUUCGUUUUUUUUUCAAUAAACGAUGAAUUAAUCCAAGUAUAGGAAAUUACAUAUUUUUAUCGAGA